GUGCUUGAGCAGCUCAACACGCCUGUCCGACGCUCCGCUCGACGCCCAGGAAGAGACGCAACACAAACCUAACUGCAUAAGUUUAAAAAUGACAAUAUAUUUGUCGUUUUAACGUUUUUACAGUCGUACUAAUGUCGCUGUGUUGAGAGUAAUAAUGCUGGAUGGUCGGAGUUAUGAAGUUCGGUUUGGAUUUCUGCCGGUUACUGGGGCUCAGCGGCUCCAGUGAUGAGCGGCCUGAGGACAUGGAGACAGGUGAAGGUGAACAGAACGAAGACUCGCAGGAUGUCUUAACAGGUGAAGAGGGUCUCAGUGAGGAAGAUAAGGCCAGAAGGAAAGUGGAAAGGCGUAAAGCCAAGAGGAAGCGCCAGCGACAGAGAAAGAAACUAGAAGGGGUUAAGAAGGAUGAAUGUACGGAACAGGGGGAGGAGCUUGUCAGAGCUGAUUCUGAGCUCGAAGAAUCUGAAGAUUCUGAGCCUGAAGAAGUUGAAGAGUUCAACCUUUCGAAAGUGGAAGCAAAGCCUGUUGAUCCUCCGAGCAAAACUCCAACUGGUCCUCCACUGGCCUCUGGGAACACAAGCAAUCGGCAGCUGACGACCCGCAUUGAGGAGGAGCCAGAGUGGGAUGUCAACAGUGCUUUUGUUGCGAAUGCAGUAAGUCACAUUCGACCCAAAGCCAAAAGUAAAGGAGCUCACAAGUCGAAAGAGAACAAAGAGAAUGAGAGCAGAAGUGCGGAGGUUAUUUGCUUAUCUGAUGCUGUAACUAAAAAAAGUGCCCUACUAGUAGAAAAAGGGAUCAGACUUGUUCAGGAGGGCCAGUACGAACAAGCUGUCAGUUUGUUUACAGAGGCCAUCAAAUGUGACCCAAAAGAUUACAGGUUCUUUGGAAAUCGCUCCUACUGUUAUUGUUGUUUGGAGCAAUACCCACUGGCGCUAGCAGAUGCCGAGAAGUCCAUCCAGAUGGCUCCUGAUUGGCCCAAAGGCUAUUACCGUAGAGGAAGUGCACUUAUGGGGCUUAAGAGGUACAGUGAAUCAGAGAAAGCCAUGGAACAGGUGCUGAAGUUGGACGCAGAAUGCGAAGAAGCCGUCAAUGAACUCUUAUACUGUAAAGUGCAACAACUUGUGGUUCUUGGUUAUGAUGAGGAACACAGUCUCCAAUUGCUGGAAAAAUACAACACUGUGCAGGCUGUUAUAACAGCUAAGGCAUCGAAUCAAGACUGUGCCCUUCUCCAGUCAGGUCCCUGCAACUCCCUGUGGGUGGGAAACGUGACCACAGAACUGACAGAGAAGCAUUUGCGGGACCUUUUCAAAACUUACGGAGAAAUCGACAGCAUUCGAAUCCUGCAUGAACGCUUCUGUGCAUUUGUUAACUACAAGAACGCUAACAUGGCCUCCCGUGCGAUGGAGAAACUCCACGGGUAUCUUAUUGAGAACACUCGACUGGUGGUCCGAUAUCCAGACAGGCGGAUUCAGAGAACCCUUCCAACACCUGCCAUUCAACAACCUGCAGGGGCUGUUGGUCCUAGGCGCAGAGGUCCUAUCAAUGUCGAUGAGUGUUACUUUUGGAGGACCACCGGCUGUCAUUUUGAGGAUAGGUGUCGCUAUAAGCACAUUCCUGAAAAUCGAGGGAAAGACUGGCAGCCUUGAGUCAACACUCGCCUCUCUUUCCCUCCUUCACAACGUGACUGAUGGGAUUGAACCAUCACUUUGAUUAUCUGUAGGUCAGGUACAGUGUGGACCAGUAUUGUGGAUAAGAGUCUUAUGAAAGUUCUCACGGUUCAGAGUUUUUGAUGUGACUUAACUGUCAGACCCUGAACCUCACUGGUGUCUAAAAGCAGAGCAGACGGGCUUCUGGGAAAGCAGCAUCUCUUAUGAGGUGAGGUUUGUGUGGUGCGGAGGGCCAGGGCAUCAUCGCCUGAGGCCUGUGUGGCCUUUUUUAUCGUAUGUUCUGUUCUUUCUUCCUGUGCCAACACCACCAAGCCAAAGAAGAGACAUGGAUCUGGUCUGACUUUUUUAUUGUGAUUUGAAAGACUUAUUCUGCGUAAGAGGUUAAAUGAGUCAUACCAAAGAAUAAUACUUUACCACCUGUGGAUUUUAUUUUGGAAGAGACAAGGGUAAGAGAUUUCAGUCUGGGAACAUAGUAGUUUAGAUUUGUGUGUGUUUUGAUUUUAUCGAAACUUUGAUUUAACCUAAAUCCCACCACACACACUCACAUUCUUCUGCAUGUUUCUGAUCAUUUCUAAUUGAAUUAAUUAUUUCUUUUAUCUUUAAAGUGCCCCAGCUGUUCUGGACACAUCAGUAUUGCAAAAGAUUUAGUUCCUUUUACAGAACCUAAAUCGGUCUUGUUAAAUUAUUUUGCGUUUUCAUAGUUUUGCACUUUAAUGCUAUACAAAACAAAGAAACAUGUCUUGUAGUACAAGUUUAGUCUUUAAAGUCAGAUUCACGUUGCUGCUGGUUGAUGUUCGAAAUUUUCCAUGGUAUUUUUGCCAUAACUUUCUAAGGAUGCACAUUUUGUACAGUAAUGGUAUUUCUGGCCGUUUGGAUAUUACUUCAUAUCAACCUAGACUAGUGUUAUCCAUUCGUGUGAUCGCAAGCGCAUAAAAGUUGUCUUGCGGUUUUACGUUAUGCAAGAGUGCCAGAGGAAACGUCUGCCGUCUUUGCUUAGCUCAGCUUUUCAUCGUUUUCUUUAGUUUCACAUGUUUUUCCUUCAGUGGAUGAGAUACAAGUCAGUCAAGACUCUUCAUGACUAUCUUGUUCAAAUCUGUGUUCCGAUUCUUAUUGUUCUGAUUGUUUUCCUGUUGUUGUUUUUUGACACACUUAACCAAAGAAACACUAAUGUUUACUUGAUGUACUACGGGCAAACACAUCUGCUAUUUUUAAACAUUUUUACACACUUUCUACACUACUCGGAAUGCGUUUCUUUUUGCAGUAGAUAUUUUCUUGGUUUUUAGAUAUGACUGCAUUGGUUUUUAUAUGCAUUAUCACACUAGUGCAUGUAGUUGCAUUGCUCCUCAUUUAUAAAACAAUUAUUUAACAGUCCGGAGUCCCUUAAAAAGCAUUAGUUGGAACUUUUUCUAUCAGAUUUUAGUAAUAUAGAAGCAGAGAUUUCCUUUGAACAGAAUGCUGCAAAUUGUGGGGGGGAAUUUGUGUUGGUAAUGAAGCACAGGCUGUGAUCAUUAUAUUUUUUAAAGUUUAAGGAGAGACCUGUAUUUUCAGACAAGUUAUUUAAGGCUUACAACAGCAAGAUUAGUUUACUCUUGAGCUACAGAAAGAGCACUCCGUUUCAGCGUGCUUUACCUUUAUUAGAAGAAAACCUUGUCUCAUUUUGCUUUUGAAAUCAAAUCAAAGCUCAGCUCUUCCUUUGUUAGCAGAUAAUGAAGCAAGUUUCAUAUUCUCCGCUUUCCCCGUUUUAAUUUUUUCUGUGGCUUGUCCCAUUUUAUAUCUGUCAUUUUGUUCUUAUUCUCUUUGAAUUUUGCAAUGUUAAUUGGUGCAAUGUUUUGUUUUGUUUUGUGUUCUCUUUUAAAUUUUAUUCAGUACUGCAUUGGACAAAAUCUCAGUAUAAUAAUAAAUGUUUAAAAGUUA